AUGGGGGCGAAGCAAUACCCUUUGAAGACUUCGGGGGGGAAAUCUCAGACAGAAUGGUCUGAUUUCGAAUCUCAUGAGAAGACACUACGUGGUCAACUGCCACCUUCUACAGGUGAUUCGACUAGCAACGCCGAGAUAGUCUACUCGCUAGAUGCAAGUGUUACAGUUGGCGGGAUCUUCAAAAACGUCAUAAAGAAAUCUCGUCAAAUAUUCUUUUACCCGGCCACCAGCUCAUAUCAAGCUCUACAGUCUAUCAUUCAUCAGCGAGAAGUUGCUUUCCGCCACAUGGAGAAAGAUAUCAAGUCGACGCCAACUUAUGGGGCUGCCAUAGAGCUUGGUAUGGGAGGCCAUCUCGCCUUAGGCCAACGCGUGCCAAUAAAGUUGCAUGUUACCCAAUCUGAUCCGACCAGCCAGGACGGCCUCAUCUUGAAUGACUACCAAGUCAUGCUCAUUCAAAAGACAAUGAUCCGGGUCGGAGCUCAGUCUCAAGUUCAACAUCUAUUCCGAACUUUGCGGACAGUGAGCAACCUGAAUCUGGAAAUAUGCCUCGCCGAAAUGCCCCUCAACAAUGCGAUGACUCUAUCAGAUGAUUCAUGGGGGCCACUAUCCCUACCGACUGACAUCACCCCCACCUUUGAAACAUGUAACAUAAACCGCACAUAUAAGCUUGAGGUACGAUUAGGCUUCAAGGGUGGUCCCAAAAAGACACAGACGCGCAUAUUAGAAGUCCAGUUUCCGAUAAACAUUGCGGCAAACUAG